AUGCCGCCUGAACUAGAGCAGACAUUAUCUCUGCUAUCAUCGCAUCGUUCUGUGCUCGGUUACAUACUUGUCGCGCGGGGACACCAUCCAAGCAUAAUUCGCCACUCUGGGGUCGUCUUUGAAGGUGAACAAGGGAAGAGAUACGCUGCUGCCGUCGCGCGUAUUGUGGAGAGCGUGCAAGGAGGCUUGGAAGAAGAUGAAGUGCGCUUUAUGAGAAUACGGACGAAGCGACAUGAACUUAUGAUUUCCCCUGACGAUCGGUAUCUGCUAGCUGUGCUUCACGAUCCAGCAACAUGA